GUAUCUCGCCUCUUCGGUGACACCGUGGCGCUGGAUUCGGUCUCCUUCUCCGUACGCCAGGGAGAGUUCUUCUCCAUAAUCGGCCCGAGCGGAUCGGGCAAGACCACCACCGUCCGCAUGAUCGCUGGUCUCGAAACGCCGACCGGCGGGACCGUCCGGCUCUUCGGCCGGGACGUCACCGCCGUCCCCCCUCACCGGCGGGGCACGCCCAUGGUGUUUCAGAGCUACGCCCUGUUCCCGCACCUCAACAUCCGCGACAACGUCGCCUACGGCCUUCGCAUGCGAGGGGUCUCCAAGCCCGAGCGCCGCAACCGCGCCGACGACCUGCUGGCCCUCGUCGGCUUGGAGGGACUCGGCGGUCGCCGGCCCGAGCAGCUCAGCGGCGGGCAGCAGCAGCGCGUCGCGCUGGCCAGAGCCAUUGCCACCGAGCCCAGGGUCGUUCUAUUGGACGAGGCCCUCGGGGCGCUUGACGCUGCGCUGCGCAUCGAGAUGCAAGUGGAGCUCAAGCGGCUGCAGAAGGAGCUGGCGUGCAGCUUCAUUCACGUGACUCACGAUCAGAGCGAAGCCAUCGCGAUGGCCGACCGGAUACUGGUUCUGCACCGAGGCCGCCUGGAGCAGAUCGGGGCGCCGGCCGAAGUGUUCGCCCGACCCAAGACCCGCUUCGUGGCUGGCUUCGUGGGCCAGAACAACCUGAUGGACGCGACCCCAACCGGGGUCACUGAUGACGGCCUGCACAAGAUCCGCACCGCGCUCGGCGAGUUCCUCGCCAAGGGAUCCGACGGCCAUUCGAUCGUCUCAGGCGAGCCUGCGACCCUGAUCGUGCGGGCCGACGCGUUGCGCCGGGUGACUCCUCCACAGACGCCCAACCACUUCAAGGGAACAAUCGCCGGGGCACGGUACUCGGGAACCACAGUGACCUUCCUGGUCAAGGCUUCGGACGGAACGGAGUACCGCAUGGAGGAACCCGAGUCGCUGAGUCAUGACGAGUCUCACACCGGCGGCGAUCAGCUUCGAAUCGGCGACGAGGUGCUUGUCGGCUGGGACACCAAUCACGCAUAUCUCAUGCAACGAGCAACAACCCAUUAG